AUGUCCUCUGUGUUGGUGGCUGUGCCGCUGGCUGUCAUUAUCAUGCUGACGGUGCUCGGGAACGUGGUGGUGUGCCUAGCAGUGGGCGCCAGCAGGAAGCUCCGCUGUGUCACUAACUGCUUCAUCGUGUCACUGGCGGUGACAGACCUGCUGCUGGGCCUGCUAGUGCUGCCGCUGUCCGCUGUGCUGCAGCUGACAGGGGAAUGGCCCCUGGGGGCCACUUUCUGCAACAUCUACAUCAGCUUGGACGUCAUGCUGUGCACCGCCUCCAUCCUCAACCUCUUCGCCAUCAGCGUGGACCGCUACUUUGCCGUUACUGCCCCGCUGCGAUACCCAGCCCUGGUGACGUCUGGCCGUGUCGCCAUGGCAAUGGUGCUGAUCUGGGUGGUGUCACUUAUGGUGUCCUUUCUGCCCAUCCACCUGGGCUGGAACACGCCAGACUUCAGUGUACAGAACCACGGUCAGAACGACAGAGCCUGCCUGUUCAGGUGGAACCGCAGCUAUGUGUUGGUGGAUGCCUUUGCCACCUUCUACCUCCCCCUGCUGGUCAUGUGUGGGACCUACUAUCGAAUCUUCCGCAUCGCGCGGGAGCAGGCGCGGCGCAUCAACAGCCGGCCGUCCUCGCUCUGCUCGGCAGCCGCGGCACGGGAGCACAAGGCCACGGUGACACUGGCGGCUGUCCUGGGCGCCUUCAUCAUCUGCUGGUUCCCCUACUUCACCUUCUUCACCUGCAUGGGGCUGUGGGAGGAACCCGAGCCGCCGCAGACAGCCUAUGCCGUGGUGCUGUGGCUCGGCUACGCCAACUCCACCCUAAACCCCAUCCUCUACGCUGCCCUGAACCGGGACUUCCGCACCGCGUACGGCCAGCUGCUCUGCUGCAAGAGGCUGUGCUGGGCCCCGCCCUCUGACCUCACUGCGCCCCCCACAGGACAGCUGGUACUCUUGUGUGCACACACCAGCGGCUGCAGAGAGACGUCACCUGAGGAGACGGGCCUGGUGCUGCAGGAGAGGAAUGGCAGCACCUUCACUAAUACCCAGGACAGGUAA